UGAGCUGUUGUUUCCCACAGGUGGAACUCUUUGGAAUUACCAGGUUUCCUCCGAAACUAUUUCACAGUCGGACGUAAACACGGUGAAUGCUACGCCUGCGCAUGGACUGUGUGAGGUGCUCCAUGCCAGAUGCUCUCAGCAGCAUCAAAAACUUGAACGUAUUAUGGCUGAUGAGACCGCUAAAGCAUCGAAUGACAGACCGGUCUAUCGAGACCCUCCUAAUUGGAUUCUACAGCACCCUAAGUAUCUCGACUUCAUGCGACUAGAUGCGAGCGACAUAGCUCAGGUGCACGCUGCAUUCCUUGUCUACAUGGAUCUCACAGAAGUGCGUCAGUGGAAGUGUGUGUCCAGCUUCACAUGUCCUAAGAUAGAAGCAGUCCUUCUACAAGGCCAUCGGAAAGAAGGGGAAGCAGCACAAGUGGUGCUCCCGCUGCCGGCUCACAGAACACUCAGUCACAGAGAGGUGCGGUGUGUGUUGGACAGAGGUGCCCCCAUGCUGUUAUGUGCAGUAGCAUCAGACUCCACACUUGUGUACCAGAGGCUUAGCAGCGGCUUGGUGACCCCCGACCCCCCAGUUGACAUCCAGGAUCAGGGUCGUCGACAGCAACGCAAGCGGAGGAUACCUCCUUGAGUCUCAACAGGAGUCUUGGACUGAUUAACAUAUAACCUUGCUGGAGUUUCCCCAGAGGUACUGAAGGGAUUUGUUUCCAGAGGUGCUUGUUACAGACACAUCAUCUAAACCUGUUGAAUAUGGGACCGUGGCAGAGAUAACACGGACGCCGUUACUGUUCUUUCAUUUCAAGAUUAGUAUUUUGCUAUUAAAUUGUUUUCAAACGCA